GUAACAACAGCUGUCUUGUUUAGCUAGAGUGGAACAUGUUUAAUUUAUUCUAUUUAAAACAGUGAAUAAUCCUAAAUGUUAAGUAUCAGUAUAUCUGCAAAGCCACGUCUGAGUCGGUGAAGUUAUCUAGAAGUUAGCUGCGGUUAGUUUAGUUAUUGACUUAGCUUGGCUUUAGCUAAGUUAAAGUUAGCAACUACUACCUGCUUUCACUUUUGGGGUUUCACUGAAGACUUUCUAAUAGGAGAACAAGGGCUUUGGUUUCACCUCCUGUAGGGAUGCUCCUCAUCGUCCUGGUAUGCAGCCUGGCUCUGUCUGCCACCGGACAGCAGGAGCAGGAGGACUGGAUAGACCCUUACGAUAUGCUCAACUAUGAUGCAAGCACCAAAACGAUGAGGAAGCCCGCAGAGCCAAGAAACUAUCAAAAUGUGCCAACUAAAAGAAGACAGUACGAUCAGGACCAGGACUCCAGCCAACCUGAGCUAACUCUGUGUAAGGGUGAAGUAGAAGAGUUAAAGAGACAGAUUGAAGAUCAAAAGAAGAAAAUCACGGCCCUGUCACAGCAGCCUACAUGCAAUCCAGUGUUCAGGCGAUUCCUUAGUAGACUCCUGAAGGAGAUACAAAGAGUUGGUUUGCCCAGUGACACCACAGACAUGUUGUACGAUGCCAAAAUCAGACUGUCCAGACAAUCCAUGACAGAGAUACAGAAACUUCUGGAUGGUGAAGAAAGCUGGAGAACAGGAGCUCUGGAUGAUGCCAUCAGUCGGAUAUUAGUAGAUCUUAAACCACAUGACUAUGAGGCGUGGAAGUGGCGUUUUGAACACACCUUUGGCGUGGAGCUUUACACUCUCUUACAAGCGGCUCUGUUUGUCCUGGUUUUAAUGGCCAUCGUGGGCACUCAGCUGUGGUCAAUAGUUUCCUGGUUUGUGCAGAUCAAGAGACUGUUAAUAAUCUGCUUCUUAGUCAGUAUUGUCUGGAACUGGUUCUAUCUGUACAAGAUUGCCUUUGCUGAGCACCAAAACAAUAUAGUGAAGAUGGACAGUGUCAAUGAAAAAUGCACCGGAAUGAAGAAAAUUGACUGGAGUGAUAACUUGAGAGAGUGGAUGAGAAGCACCUUUACUCUUCAGGAUGAUCCUUGUAAGAAAUACUAUGAAGUCCUCAUGGUCAACCCUAUUCUACUUGUACCUCCCACCAAAGCAAUCUCAGUUACCAUCACGACCUUCUUCACGGAGCCACUGAAACAUGUCGGCCAGGGGAUCAGUGAGUUUCUUCAAGCCCUCCUCAAAGAUAUGCCAAUUACCCUGCAGAUCCCAGUUCUUCUUACUGUCAUGUUCACCGUUUUGGCAUGCUUUUAUGGAAGUGUGCAGGGAGCCUUCAGGUAUGGCAUUACUGCACCUCUGCGCCGCCGCCGUCGAAGAGAUCCACCCCUUCCACCAGCGAACCAACCACAGCCUCCUCUUCAGAGGAUUGAGGACGGUAACCAGCUAGCAGGAGGGGAUGCACCACAGCAGGCCCCGAGGCAAAGAUUAAAGCAGAACCAGAUUCGUCAGAGGCGAUUUGUCCAAGACAGAGAAGAACCACCUAGGGAAGUGGAAUCCCUGAGCAGAGCCGACAUACCCUUCAGUGAUGAUGAGGUGGAUGGUGAAUGGCGUGAGGGAAGUCUUGUAUCAGAGCACACAGAGCACAGUCUCUCUGCUGCUGAAAGUGAUCCUCAAAGUGAGUCAGAAUCAGACAACCAGCAGGACACACAAGAGAAGCUAGCAGGAGAGAGUGCUAGCAGUGGAGCUAACAGGGGAGCCGAAGCUAACGAGGCCCAAUCAAAAACUAAACCCACAGAUUCAACUCAGGAAAAGGCCAACCCUUUGAAAGUGGACGAGAAAGUUUCUCGAGACGAGUCCCACAGCAACGGCACAACAGCCAGAUCUCAGCCUGCACAACCUGCUCAGAACCUGGAAGCUCCAGAUGAAGACAGAACGUUCUCUGACUCAUUGACACAUGUUGAAACGCUUGGACUAUCUGUUCAGGAGACAUUUGUGGAAUAGACACUGUCUACAUUAUUCAAAAGCAGCAACAUUGUCCUCAUCAGUGUUUGACACUUUUUGUUGGACUGUGGAGGCCUUCAGUCUAUCCCUUACU